AUGUAUGAAUUGUUUGUAUUACUAAUCUUUGUUGUUUUACCUAAUGGAUUUGUUUGCCAAGCGCUAAAGAACAACAAAUUAGCAUUUGCUAAAUUAUUUCAUACUGAGCAAUUCUUAUUCGUUGCCUUAUCAGAUUGUCAUUUGAUAGUGGAAGAAAUAUCAGCAAUGAAUGCUUGCUCAUAUCAUAAUACUGUCCGUAUGAGUGGCAUAUCAAAUCAGUCCAAUUGUCCACAUUUAAGAUUACAUCUCAUUUUGCGCGAUAACGAAGUGCCAAAACUUUUGAUUUUAGGAGCUAAAAAAGUGUUCGGUAAUCUAAUUGCCCAACAAUUACAAAUUCCAUGGCCUAGACAGAAGCGCAUUUUUGCAAAUGUCUCUGAGAAAACAUAUGUGAAUUUAGAAAGUUCACAUAAUCACAUUGGUGACAAUCUGCUUCGGAAACAAGUGGUUGCGACACUUGUUGACAACAAAGAACGAAUAUUAUAUGUACUACGAAACUUAACUUUAGCAGAUGAUCAUUUCACUUUAGAAUGUAUCAAAUUUUACAUACAAUUUAUGCCAAACGGUAGAUUAAAAUUUUUUGAAUUAAACGCAUUUCGAAAUAUUCAUUCUAAUAAUAAUAUCAGAAUAUUAUGGACGGAGGAUCCAUAUUAUCGCAAAUUUUAUUAUGUGGAAAAGCAAGCUGACAAUGAAUUUAUUCUAUAUUCUUUCCCUUAUGAAAGUAUUAUGCAAAUUUUGCUUAGUGGUAAGCAAGGAACGCCAGUACAAGCGUUCGAAGGUGUUAAUUUACGCUAUUUAAGCGUUUCACGUGAUAUUGCCGUUAUUCAUACAUUCGAAGAAGAAAAUGCGAAGCAAUUUAUUACGAAUCUUUAUGACUCAUCAUCAUUAGCUAUAACAUGUAAUAUGAGAAAGUCAGUUUUAUCGAAUCUAUCCGGCGCAAUUGUUCUAUUCGAUGAUGAAUUAUGCGCUUUACAGGAAGCCAAUGAUAAUAACUGUACAAAAAUGGGUAAAAGCAUUACUGAUAAGCAAUAUCAGAGUUGGUCGUUGUAUUCUUUGCUUUAUGGAUUUAUUGGACUCGUAUUGCUUCUUCUUUUGAUUGUGAUACAAUUAUUAGUAUGUUUAUAUUGGCAUCGUAGCAUGGUGGAACGAUCAUUGACUAUUGAUAAUUGCUCGUUAGUUUACUAUUAUCCAACUUUAUCGUCGGAUUUUACCAUCCAAUUCUAA